AUGAUGUAUAUUUUUAUUUUAAAAAAAUUUUUAUUCUUAUCAAUAUUAUUAAUUACUUUUUCUUUUAAUCUGUCUUUAGCUUCAGAAGAUUAUCGAUAUCAUUGUCCAUCAGGUCUUGCAAAAAAAGAUAAUACAGGUGUUUAUGCACAAUGUUUACCUGGUGAUUACAAUAUUCAUACAUGUGGAGAUAAUUAUUAUUGUUUCUUUUCUGGAUUUAAUUAUAUUUGUUGUCCAGAAGGUAAAGAUAUUAAAACAAAAACUGUUAAUAUUGAUGAUAUUGAAUGUCCUUUUAAUUCAUUUGUUCAACUUGAUGGAGCUGGUGAAAUGAUACAAUGUAAAAGAAAUAAUGAUUGUAUAGGUUUAAACUCUCAAUGUAAUAAAGGAUAUUGUUGUAGUGAAUCUAAAAAAAUUGAAGCAACAAAUUAUCGUGUUAAUCCAAGAAAGAAGGAAAAAAAAGUUGUUAAAGUAGAUUUAAGUACACUUGAUUGUCCACAUCCAUAUCUUACAGUUUUAAAUGAUGAAAGUUUACCAACUGUUUGUAGUAAAUUUAAACCAUGUUCAAGUAGUAGUGAAGAUUGUUUAUCUGUUGGAAAAGUAUCAAUUUGUUGUGAAAAACUUAGUAGUGCUGCUGAUGUAGAUGAUAGUGAUGAAAGUACUGAAACAGGACCAAAUAUUUUAAAAGUUUAUGAAGAAACAAGUGAUGAAAAAACAAUAGAAUCAAAAGAAAAUAAUGAAAAUAUAUUUAAUGAAUCAAAAUCAAUUCCAAGUACAACUAAAAAAAUUGAUACUACAACAGAAGUAACAAUAAAAAAAUCACAAAUGUUUGGAGGUAAAAUUAUUAAAAAUGAAGAGCCUUUAGAAAUAACUGAAACGACAACAUUAAGAACAACAAAAAAGAAAUUAGUAGGAAAUUCAAUUACUAUUCCAUUAAUUUCAUCAACAAAGGUAGAUGAAGAAUUGACAAAAGUUAAGAAAAAUGAAUUAGAAGCAUUACCAAUAACUAGAUCAAAAAUACAUUCAUCUAAGAAUAUAAAAACAUCCUAUGAUGCUAUUAAAUUAGAACCCCAUUUUAUGGGAGGUUAUCAAAAAGUUGAACAAGAGGAAGAUAAAAAUAACAAAAGAAUUAUUGUUCAAAAAUUUUUGAUGGAUCAAAUUAAAAAAGGAUGGCCAUAUGAAGAUCAAUUUUACUGGCCUGAAGGUUAUAGUGAAUAA